UUUAUUAAGAGAUAAAAUUUAUAAAAUCGCGUUUAUCCGUUUGUUCUUUUCAAAUCUAGUUUAUCGUAAUAUUUGUUUUUCUACUAUACGUCACUUCAUCAUUUGCGUGGUCAAAAUGCCUUCCAUUACAGAUAUGCUAAACUUAAACAAACUGGACAUGUUCCAGACCAUGAGAAAGGUAUUAGAAACCGAUGGCGCGAACAUCGUUCGAAAUCUAAUAGCAUACAAAGACCAAAUAUUGUAUAUUUGGAAUCCCGAUGAAUGCUGUUUGUACUCGCUACUAUUGAAUACAGUUCAUGAGGAAAUUCCUUUAUAUCAAAAACUCUUUCCUGUAUCUCCACCCAUAUUCGACGUUGAUGAAAUAUUGAUCAAUGAACCAGGCACGUUGUGUGCACUUGUGGGCUCCAAAGGUGUAUCGGUGAUGAGGUUUCCGAAACGAAUGGGGUCCAAAUCUCUAUACGACACUGGUGGAAGUCAAGGAGAAGGCGUAACAUGCAGCACGGCAAUUUUACAAGAUAAAUUCUUCAUAAACAAACACUUGACGGAUGUGAAACGAGUCCGUUGGUAUCCAGGCAGCCCCGAGGACAACCACCUCGUGGUACUCACCAAUAACAAGAACUGUUUGCGACUAUUCAAGGUAGACAAAGGUACCGGUAAGCUCGUGUCCAUUUGGCGACUGGGCCCACAGACUUCUCGGAUAUUGGCUUCGCUGGGUGACACUGCUGUAGACUUUGAUUUCGCGCCACCUGUACUCCUCGGCGACCGAAUCCAAUCGGAACCGUCUAUCAUGUGGCCUAUACUUGUGUUACAAGGAAACGGGGAAGUGUUGUGUCUGAACACGACCGUCGAUGACUCGAUGAACAUAAAGUCAGCAAAAAUAACCGGUCCAUUGACCAUGUACCCACCAGCCGACGACAACUAUAGCGAGGACGCCUGUUCCAUUCUUGUCAUGGACACUGUACCACCAUCGGUCGUCAUAGCAUCCAACUUCGGUGAACUGUACAAUUGCCUCCUGUUGCCAGACACCCAAACCAAAAACAAUGAUGAAUAUGAGCCUAGUGAAUACCAACACGAAUACAGUUUACACAUAAUCGAAACCAUCGAAUUAGAGUUGGGCUUGAACAUUGAGGACAAUGGUGAGUACGACAGCUUCAACACAAUACAUUUGAAAAGAGAUGCGGCCGUCACGUCCAGAUAUUGGUGUUUACACAACACUGGUGUACACUCAGUCACAGUACCGCUUACGGAAUUGUUGGACGAGUUUUCUAAAACCACCACUACAGACGACUUCCGUGGAUCACCUGACAUACAAGGACAAAGUUUUGUAGAAUAUUACAUUUGCACGGGUCUUAUGAACGGCGAAACGAAACCUAUCAAAGGGUUUGCCGUCCUAAGCUUUCCUACAGACUUACUAGUCACUUUAUUAAGCAAUGGUGAAGUCGUUACUCAAGCUGUCCCAGAUUUCCAUUACAAUAAACUGUCUAUUGCUAAUACCUAUAUGAACGAAGAUAACGCCAAUUCUGAAGAUCAAGUCGAUAAUUCUGAAAACGUUGACAAAGAUGACUUUAGUUCAUUUAUCGCUGCAUUACUACAAAAAGAAAAUGGUACAAAAAAUACAAUUCUAAAAUUAGGACCAGAUGUUCCCAACGAGAUUGUAAUACAGAUGGUCUUACAAACUAUGAACAUGCGAAGAGUCACAUUAAAUAAUCACAAAAUAGUUUCUGAAGAAAUUGAAAGAAGAGUGCGCAUGCUAGCUAAAGCAAAGGAAAGGCAAUUACAAGAGAUGCAACGAUUGGAAGAAGCUCGACAAAAAUUACAAGAUGAUGUAGAAAAUAAAGCUGAAAAAUUAGAUGAAAUUAAUAACAAACAAGAAGAAUUGACCCAAAGAGCUUCUUCAAUCCUUUUGAAACUCGUCUCAGCAUCGCCUGAUAGUAUAUCAAUAAAAAAGAAGAGAGAACUGUUGGAAUCAUAUAAAACUAAGAUGGAAUUGAUGAAUAAACGCAUCGAAGAAGCUAGAGAAAAAUGGAACAUUGUGCAAACCGAGUCAACAGCAUCUGUAUAUAAACAAUUAUAUGGAACCCGUUCAUUAAAAUUAACUCUUGAACAAGAACUAGUUAUUAAAGGAAAUUUAUCCGAAAUGGGAUCUACAAUUUUGGAUUUAGAAAAAAAAGUGAGAGACUUAAGAACUGUAAUUAAUACUAUUGCCAGUUAA